ACGUACAGGAAGGCCUGGAAGGCAAAAAUGAAGGCCAUCGUUAAGUUGUUUGGUGACUGGGAGAAAUCGUACGCAUUCUUGCCAAAUUGGCUGAAGUAUAUGACGGAGGUGAAUGUGGGUUCUGUGGUGUGUGUGACUGGUGCUUCUGGUUUUAUAGCUUCGUGGAUCGUCAAAUUCCUUCUUCAACGUGGUUACACUGUUAGGGCCACUGUUCGAGACCCAAGUAAUCCUACAAAGGUUGAGCACUUGCUUAAACUUGAAGGUGCAAAAGAGAGGUUGCAACUCUUUAAGGCAGAUCUCCUUGAAGAAGGUUCAUUUGACUCUGCUAUUGAUGGCUGUGAUGGUGUCUUUCAUACUGCUUCACCUGUUCUACUUUCCGUUGUCAAAGACCCACAGGCUGAAUUAAUUGAUCCAGCAGUGAAGGGAACUCUUAAUGUUCUUAAAUCAUGUGUAAAAUCUCCAUCUGUGAAACGAGUUGUUUUAACUUCUUCUAUUUCUUCAGUUGCAUUUAAUGAGAGGCCUAAAAGUCCCGAAGUAGUAGUUGAUGAGACAUGGUUUUCAAAUGCAGAUUUCUGUAGGGAAUCAAAGUUGUGGUACACGCUUUCAAAAACUUUGGCUGAGGAUGCUGCCUGGAAAUUUGUAAACGAAAACAGCAUUGACAUGGUUACUAUUAACCCAUCAAUGGUGGCAGGACCUCUCUUACAACCAGAGGUCAACGAAAGUGUUGAACCUAUAUUAAACCUGAUAAAUGGUUCACAAUUUCCAAAUAAAUGUUUCGGAUUUGUCAAUGUCAAAGAUGUUGCUAACGCCCAUAUUCAGGCGUAUGAGAUUGCUUCAGCUGGUGGAAGAUAUUUAUUGGUUGAGAGAGUGGUACACUACUCUGAACUUGCUAGGAUUUUACGCAAUCUGUACCCAACAUUACAUAUUUCAGAAUGUUGUGAGGACGAUAAGCCGUAUAUGCCAACAUAUCAGGUUUCUAAGGAAAAGGCAAAGAGCUUGGGAAUUGAGUUUACUCCUUUGGAAGUGAGCCUCAGGGAGACUGUGGAAAGUUUCAGAGAAAAGAAGAUUGUCAACUUUUAAUCCUCCAUAUCUCCUUGAGAAAUAAAUGUCAGAUAACCUUAACCACUCUCAGUUUGUGACUAUGACAAACUCUAUAUUUGAGAAUGAUUUAUUACUGUUAAGUAAGGGUCGUGCUUAAAAACAUUUAUCCCAUGAGAGGUUGGUAAAUGAAUUCAAAAUCAUGUGUGAUUGGUUAUUGUGACAUCAAGACUACAUGAAACAUCAUUUU